UUUCGUGAAUUAUAUGAACUUGUGGGGUGAAUAGGGCAAAACCAAUUUUCAAAAAAUAAAGAGGUUAGUUUUGUGUUUGACUUUAAGUUGUAGGUCAAUUCUGCAAAAAGCCUUAUGAUUUUUACCUGUAAUAUAUUUUUAUUGUUUUAUAUCUAAUUUAUUUUAAUGUUUGUGUUAAAUAUUAAAUGGUUGGGAUGAUAUAAUCAAGUUGUAAAAAAAUGGCAAUAAUACUGAUUUUCAAUGAAAAUAUAAAUUGUUUUGAAUAUCCUAUAAUGUUUAGCAGAGAUUAUAGCUGAAAAUGCACCUAUUUAUUCACUUAUUUAUUUAUUUAAAACAGCUUUCGAAAAAUGCACUUGUUUAUUCAUGUUAAAAAAACAGCUUUUUAAAUUAUAGAAACCCAUCGAUUCUGUAGAAUUAGACACAUGCAUGCAUGACAGCAUAGUCCCACUCCACAGGUAACUACGUGGGAAGCUCACUUCACCUGAAACCAAACAAAGUCAUCCACAAAACUUCCAUCCCAUCAUUUCAUGUCUGUUCUUUUACUCUCUAUAUAUACGAUUCCACUUAAACACGGACUCUAUAACUCUGUCCUCGAUCUAAUUAAGCACAUUUCAAAACACACACCCCUCUCAUAGGUAUUAAACACGUUUGUAUUAGUUACAUGGAAAACAAAAAUGUUGGUCAACUAGAACAAUUCUCUGUUGACCAAGUGUCUUAUAGAGGCGUUCGCCAGAGGAAGUGGGGAAAAUGGGUGUCGGAAAUCCGAGAACCCGGUAAGAAAACCCGUAUUUGGCUCGGAAGCUACGAGACGGCCGAAAUGGCCGCAGCUGCUUACGACGUUGCGGCUAUUCACCUCCGAGGACGUGGGACACAUGUCAACUUUCCGGAGCUUGCUGACAGUUUUCCUCAGCCGCAAAGCUCAAGUUCCGAGCACAUUCAAGCUGCUGCUCAGGAGGCAGCACUGCUGUUUAAACCGGGCGUGUCGUCUACUGAAGCAGAUCUCGGGUCGGGUCAGGGACAUUCUCGGGUCGGAUUGUCUCCGGAUCAGAUUCAGGCGAUUAAUGAAUUUCCAUUGGACUCGCCGAGGAGGGGGUGGAUGCAGGAUUUGGAAGUGGAUGAUUAUGAAGAGUUGUACGGACGAAUUUUUGGUCAAUGCGAUAGAGAUGAGUAUUUUGAAAUGCAGCAGCUUCAAUCCAUAUGGGAUCUUAACUGCUUUUGAUAUACAUAAUUGCUUAAACAUUUAAUUCUUAUUAUGAGGCUACCAACCAUUUAAGGUUUUGACUUAACUAAUUAUUUAUUCAGUGACGUAUAAUAAACUUGGAGCCCCGAAGUAUUUUUCUUGGGUUUAAUUUGGAAUAUUCUAAGUUCUAACAUUGAAGACAUCGUAUUUUCUUACACCAAAAAAAAAUAAAAAUCGUGUAUAUAUAUAUAUAUAUAUAUAUAUAUAUAUAUAUAUAUAUAUAUAUAUAUAUAUAUAUAUAUAUAUAUAUAAUCAACCAAAAAAAGAAACAGAAAUUCAAGUGUUAAUUACAAGGUUGGUUUGAAUAAAAUUUUCUAAUUCAAAAAUUACAAUACUAGCUUCGUUUGCCCACUAUAUGUUUCGCUAGAGCGCUCUGAAAUUGUUAAAGUAUCAUUAAAUGUUUUCUGUCUUCGAUGAUAACCACUUAAAAAGUGAGGUUUAACUCAUUGCUUCGGAUGCCGGUUCUUUUGGAAUCAUUGCCGGAGUAGCUAGUCUUAAAUGAUCGCUUCAAGCUUACUUUCUUCAUGACAUUACAAACCCCGAAUGGAAGAGAGGCUGUGAUGAUACAUAUGGCCUCGGGAACCAGCAGGUGAAGAUUGAAUAUGCUGGAUGAUCUCGGAACCACCAAACGAAAUCCAUCCAUCCAUCCUCAGAACAAAUAUGGGAUGCGGUAGAGACAACAUCAAACACCAAGAUCUUCAGAAAUCAGAACCCAACUAGCACAAUUUAAGGCUCUCAGCUAAGGUCCAGAGAACCUGAAACCGGUCUUCUUUACGCCUCAGGGCUGGCCACGUUGGAGAGGUGAAGUGAAAACCAAUGAAGCAUGACUAAAAGAAACUCAAAACCACUCGCAAAAUGGCUAGAGCAAUCUUGAUUCUCAAACAUGGAAGGACAUGAGAGGAACAAGAAAACAGAGAGCAGCCUCGACAUUGAAACAUAAGCUACCAUAAACGACAACUCAGUACAACAGUACCUAAACUGCACAAGCUAAACCCCCAAGGAAACAACAAUCACACAACUGCCAAUACCCUAAGCAUGCGCCGACAGAGAACAAGACAUCUGCUGCCUCCCCUGAGCUUAAUCUAGACCUAUUUCCAAGACAGGACACCAAGCCUCGAUACAAAGAAAGUUACACACUCCACUCCACACCGAAGAACUGACUUCGCACACCAACCAAAUAUGAACCAGAGGAGAGAGGCAGUCAUGUACCUCAUGUGCCUCCACCGCUAAGAACGCUGAAAAGAUCUACAACGAGAAAACUAUAUCCGCCUUAGCCUUGCCCUAAAAAGCUGACUUCUUCUGCCACAAAACCCUCGACGCCUCGUCUAAGCUCUAGAGGAAGAAGAGCUCAGCAAGCCAGAUCUAUCUCCCCCUGGAGCAGAUUUUGAACCCCAACGGCAAGACCUCCACCAGAGAACAUGCAUAUCGACGUUAAGCAGAAAGGUGAGAAG